GUGCCGGCCGGGUGGGAGCUGCGGCCGCUCUCGGGCUCGGCUCGAGGGAGCGGGGGGCGCGCGGCCCUGAGUGUGCUGCCAUCGCUGCGGCCCCGCACAGGCUGCUGGGGCGCGCUGCGCACUGCACCUCAGAGAAGGUGGCUGCCAGCCCAGCGGGGAAGGAUGAUGCCUCUGGGUGAGGAUGGGCCCCGCUGGAAGAAGAGAGCCCAGGACGUCCGGGAGAUCUACGAGUUCCGGGAGACCCUGGGCACGGGAGCCUUCUCUGAGGUGGUGCUGGCCGAGGAGAGGACGAGCCGGAAGCUGGUGGCCAUUAAGUGCAUUGCCAAGGCGGCCCUGGAGGGGAAGGAGACCAGCCUGGAGAACGAGAUCGCCGUCCUGCACAAGAUCAAGCACCCCAACAUUGUGGCUUUGGAUGACAUUUACGAGAGUGGGGGUCACCUCUACCUCAUCAUGCAGCUUGUCUCAGGCGGGGAGCUCUUUGAUCGGAUUGUGGAGAAGGGGUUCUACACAGAGCGGGACGCCAGCCAGCUGAUCCGGCAGAUCCUGGACGCUGUGCGGUACCUGCACGAUAUGGGCAUUGUGCACCGGGACCUGAAGCCCGAGAACCUGCUCUAUUACAGCCCGGACCCAGACUCCAAGAUCAUGAUCAGCGACUUCGGCCUGUCGAAGAUCGAGGGCUCUGGCAGCGUCAUGUCCACGGCCUGUGGGACCCCCGGCUAUGUAGCCCCUGAGGUGCUGGCCCAGAGACCCUACAGCAAGGCUGUGGAUUGCUGGUCCAUCGGUGUCAUCGCCUACAUCCUGCUGUGUGGUUACCCCCCCUUCUAUGACGAGAACGAUGCAAAGCUCUUUGAGCAGAUCUUGCGGGCUGAGUACGAAUUCGACUCACCCUACUGGGAUGACAUCUCCGAGUCAGCCAAAGAUUUCAUCCAGCGCUUAAUGGAGAAGGAUCCCAGCAAGCGCUUCACAUGUGAGCAGGCCCUGCAGCACCCCUGGAUCGCCGGGGACACUGCGCUGGACAAGAACAUCCACCAGUCUGUCAGCGAACAGAUCAAAAAGAACUUCGCCAAGAGCAAGUGGAAACAAGCGUUCAAUGCCACCGCCGUGGUGAGACACAUGAGGAAGCUGCAGCUUGGAACCAGUCAGGAAGGACCCGGGCAAACCAUUCCAACCAGUCCCUGCGAGCUGCUGGAGGCUGGCGCCAGCCACGCAGGGGCAGACUCCAGGGGCUGCGAGAGGUCGCUGGGGCCCAGCUGUCACCGCCCCCCCCAGGACUGACAGCACCCAGCAUGGCCCUGCCUCGCCAGCACUGCCCCACGGGGACGAGCUGCGUGGGGUGGGGGCGCUGGCUGCCACUGGAGGCACCAAGAGCUGGUGUCAUUGCUGCAGCUGAUCCAAGCUGGGUGGCAGGGCACAGCAGAGAGCUGGCCUGGGACUGAGCCUCCGGGGGAGACAGCAACAGCAGCUGGCGCUUGGGGCCUGGCCGCCCCACCUGCAGGGUGCAGGCUAGGAAUCCAGCAUUUCCCCUGGGGCAGAGCCAAGGCCCAGCCUCCCUGGGGGCCACGCCUGGGCUAGGCCACUGACCCUCCCCCGUGCUGGGGCCUGCAUGUACUUGCUCAUGCCACUGCAGCCCCCUUCCCUCCCCCCCCACUGCACAGGCGGGAGCUCAGGUACUGCGCUCUGGCCAGAUCCCCAGCAAGGCCGGGGCUCGGGGUCGGUGCAGCCAAGCUGCAGGGUGACGGGCUGUGGAAUAAGGGGCUGAUUCACCUAGCUGCAGUCCCCACUUUUAGCCCCCGUACCUUCCCCUCCCCAUGGCCCCAGCCCCUCCCUGCAUGUUCAAGCAGAAUUUCCAUGCAAGGCUCUUUCUACGUUGACGCUUGUAUUAAAGGAAAGCAGCGAAUGCA